UUUUCCCUGAGCCAGCAGUUCUGUACUGGCAUGUUUUCGUCCCAUUCUCGAAGGACCAUGUGCACUUUGACCAACAGGAUAUCCUGCGUUUCCUCAGCAGUGUUGAACACAAGGGGCCAUUCGGAGACUGGGCUGUGCGGUGUUAAAGCACACUUCUUCAGAAAGAACAUCCAAGCACUCCGUGAACCUACCCGAGGGAGGGUCCUGUGUGUUGUUGAUUAUAAACUCAGCCAUGAUGGAGGAAGAGGAGGCUGAGGAGUCCCCCCCGCUGAGCCCCAGCGUCAUCGAGGGGACGGAGGAGGUGACCCCCCCGCUGAGCGUCAGCCCCAGCACCAUCAGGGUGACGGAGGCCGCCCAGGACGGAGAGCUGCUCACCUUCAUCAUCGUGUCUCAGAAGCUGUCGGGGACGGGGGAGUACCACGUGGACCGGACCUACGAGGACUUCGACUGGCUGCAGCAGCACCUCUUCUCCCUGGAGGAUGUUCCCGGGAUCCAGGGGAUCAUAUUCCCUCCCCUCCCAGCCAGGGCCCAGCAGAACGCUCCGGUGAAGCUGGUCCGACAGCUCGGUCUGCUGGCCACGGGGGAGACCUGGACGCCGUACUGCCGGGCUCUGGGGGCGUACCUUCAGCAGGUGGCGGGCCACUCCCUCCUGAGCAGAACGCAACACCUGGAGACCUUCCUCACCAGCCCUGAGCCUCCCGGUCGUCAGAAGGUGAAGAAAGGUCUCUUCAACCGCCUCAGCCAGGCCGUGGAGGGCAUCAGGAAAGGACGGCCACACCAAGGUACUGAGGAUGUGGAUGACUUCUUCAGAACUGAACGCGAACACAACCUCAGUCUGACCGGGCUCAGCAGGGCAGCCGCAGAGAGGUUCCUGGAGGUGGUGCAGACUGAACAGAAGAUAGCCGUGGCCUGUGGGCACUUUGCGGCCUCCCUCCAGCUGUGUGUAGAGGCUGGUGACGACCCCGGCCAGGAGACCUUCUCCAAAAUGUGUGUGAAGAUCUCUGAGAUCAUGGAGUCCAUGAAGAAGAACGUGCAGAAGGUGGCUGAGAACGACGUUACCACGCUGGGCCUGGGUCUGGACCUGGAGUGUCGGUACCAGGAGGCAGAGAAGGAGAUGCUGUUCAGGAGGACGUGUAAACUAGUGGAGCUGGAGACAGCGAGCAGGAACGCUGAGCGGGCCAAACCCCUAAAGAAGGCUGCCAUGGACGGAGAUCAGAAAGCAGCAGAGAAGGACUUUGAACAAGUCUCCGUGGUGGCAAAACAAGAGGUGGCCCGGGUCCAGAGGGCCCGUGUGGCCGUGCUCCGCCAGGCGCUGGUCCGCUGGUGUGAGCUGCAGAUCCUGACGGCCACGAGCAGCGCAGAGCAGUGGAACCAGCAGCUCCUCGCCUUCAGGGGCCCCGCCCGGGGCCCGGGGCCCUCCUCCUGAGCCCCCUCUCUCUCUCCCUCUCUCUCUCUCUCUCUCUCUCUCUCUCUUCUCUUCUCUCUCUCUCUCUCUCUCUCUCUCUCUCUCUCUCCUCUCUCUUCUCUCUCCUCUCUCUCUCUCUCUCUCUCUCUCUCUCUCUCUCUCUCUCUCCCUCUCUCUCCCUCUCUCCCUCUCGGCCCUACCGCUCAACGUAACAUUGUAUUCGCUAUCUUUUACAUUUUCCCGUUACUUUCUUCUUCUCACAAUGACGCGUUAAACACGCGAUAAAGGGAACGCAGCACGACAGAGGGAGCUGGGCAGCGGCCAAUCACAGCACACGCUCCAGCGGCUAAUCCCCAGCGUGAUUGGCUGGCUGGAGGCGGUCCAGCCCCAGGACCCGCUCUGAUCCGCCCCCUCACGCAUGGCCCUACAAAAUAUAGUGUGAUGAAUUGAUCUGUCCCGUCUCCUAACUCCCCACACGUGUGUGCGUCUGUGUGCGUGUGUGUGUGUGUGUGUGCGUGGGUGUAUGGCGCGUGUUUGUCUGUUUGUGUGUGUGUGUGUGUGUGUGUGCGUUUCCUACUCCCUGCUCAUUAAUCAGCCGUUUUGACUGCACCUGCAAGGGCAGGCCCCCGAGGAAAACACACACUGUGCUGACUACAUCGUGUUGGGAAUGACACAGGGACACGCCACCCCCCCCCCCCCUCUGUCUCUUUCUUCUUUCUGUCUGUUCUUUCUGUCUGUCUCUCUUUCUGUCUCACUCUCCCCGUCUCUAUUGUCUCUCCGUCUCUCUCACCCUGAUGUCUCUCUGUCUCUCUGUUCUUUAUUAAACAUCUUCCCGCGUUUUAGGUUUUUAAACGGGUGUGUUUCUCGUGAUUUUCCUCUUCCCUGUGAGCGUCUGGUGACGCCGGUGUGAACCAGUCACGACUCGUACCACGCAGGAGGACCGUCGCUGGGCUCGGGAACCUCAAAGGGAGAGAGAAUAAAGUCAAUGUCACCUUG